AUGGUUAUGCCUGCCUCUGCAAUUGGUUUUGAAGUACAGACUGUGAGAUAUACUCGUGGGAGUUUCAUUUUCCCUGGAGCCCAGUCAUAUCCUCAUCGUAGCUUCUCUGAAGAAGUUUCAGUCCUUGAUAGCUAUUUUAGGGAACUUUCCUCUUGCACCAAGGCUUAUGUUAUGUGUAGUUCUGACAAACAACAGAGAUGGCAUGUUUAUUCUGCUUAUGCUGGAGGUGCUAAAUUUUUAAACCCUGUUUACACUUUAGAGAUGUGUAUGACUGGUUUGGAUAGGGAUAUGGCUUCUAUUUUCUACAAGAAGGAAUCAAGCUCAGCAGCUCUGAUGACCAAUAAGUCUGGUAUAAGGAAAAUCCUCCCGGCUUCUGAUAUAUGUGAUUUUGAGUUUGAGCCAUGUGGAUACUCCAUGAAUUCCAUUGAAGGCACUGCACUGUCUACCAUUCAUGUUACCCCUGAGGACGGAUUUAGUUAUGCGAGCUUUGAAGCAGCCGGUUAUGAUUUCAAAGUUAUGAAUCUGGGUCUUCUGAUUGAGCGGGUUUUGGUAUGUUUCAAACCAAAGGAGUUUUCUGUUGCCCUGCAUGCUGAUUUUGGUUUAAAGUUAUUUGAUCACACAUACUGCCUCGACUUGAAGGGGUACUCUCUUGAAGAGAAAAACGACGAAGAGCUGGGAAUGGUUGGUUCAAUUGUCUACCAGAAGUUUGUCAAGACUGGAUCCUGUGGAUAUCCAAAGUCCAUUCUGAAAUGUCGGGGAGAUCAAGAAGAAGAAUAA